AUGUCAUUAUCAAAACUCCAUGACUUUAAACAAUGGCAACCAAUUAUCGAAUAUGAGAAAUUAUUAAAUGAUUUCCUAAGUACUACAAACAUUACAUCUUAUGAAAUACAUUUUAAAUCAAGAAAGACAUACAAUACUUUAUCAGUGCAUUAUACAACAACAACAGUUGAUUUUAAAGAUGAAUAUUUUGAGCAAGAAAUUAAUCAAUUCUUAGAUCAAGGUAGUAUUAUUUCAGAUGAUCCAUUAUUCAAUGAUUUAUAUAAUAAAUCUCCAUCUCCAUCGACAGCACUUAACAAAUUUAAGGAAAUUAAACAAGUUUUUACAUUUUCAAAAGAAGAUAUUUUGUUAUUAUUAUUGCCCCGAGCUUAUAUUAACAUCAAUAAACGUUCAAUUGAAGAAUUUAACAUGAAAGAUCUGUUAACUAGUUAUGUUAAUGACUUAAUUACGGUUGGAAUAGAUGUAGAUGCUGAAUUUCCAAAAUUAUUUCAUCAUUAUCAAAAUUUUAUUGAAGUGGUACUACCUACAAAAGUUUUGGAACAAGAUUAUAAAUUCUUAGAUUAUAUAAAUCAAAUACUACAAGCGUUUAAACAAUUUCAACAAGGUCAAUAUAAGGGAAGUAUUGAACUUGCAAUUCAAGAAUUUAAAAAUUUGCAAAAGUUUUUAUUAAAAGGUAAUCAUUUAAUCAAUUCUACACUUUGUAUGAGAGCAAGUUCAUUUGACUAUUAUAAAUCAAAAUCUAUAAAAGAAAUAACAUUAUCUGGAUGGACAAAUAAAUAUAAACAUUUGAAUCAAGAAUUUAAAAGUAAGGCUUAUUUCAAUUUUUGGAAAAAUCAAGUGGUAUUGAAGCAAUAUAUUUAUGAAAGGUCAUGUUUAUUUUAUGAUCAGUUGUUGGAAAGUAGGUACUUGGACUGCUGGACAGCCAAGAAUAAUAAAUUUGAGAAAUUAGAGCAUCAAGCUGAUUUAAUAUAUUUAAGAAAAUAUUUUGCUCGACUAAAACUUGAUAAUGAAAGUGUAGCCGAUGAAAUGUUUAUGAAAAAGUUUUUCAUUAAAUGGAGAAGUAAGAUAGAUAUUAAAGAGAAUUAUUCACCCUUCCUACGAAGGUAUUUUGAAAUUUGGAGGUCAAAAUUAUCUACUGAAGCUAAAGUUGAUGGAAUUGUACAUAUACAUGAUGCUAAUUUGGUGAGAUCUAGCUUUACUAAUUGGAAAUAUCAAUUUGAAUUGGUACAAUUGGCAAAUAAAUUUAUAAAUAAAGCUAAUGAGAGAAUUAAAAAAGACUUAUUAUUAGAAUGGCAACAAAAAUCAACCCUAAACAAAAUUGCAACUAAUUUUAGGAAUAAAAAGUUGAAACAACGAACAUUUCACUUAUGGUCAAAAUGUCAUAAACUAUUUAAAAUUGAAUAUCAAUUUACCAGUAAACAUAAUCAAAAUUUACUACAAAGAUGCAUGACUAAUUGGAUUAAAACUUGGGAUUAUAGAUCUUUAGAAACUCAAGCUGAGGAACUUCAUAAAAGAAGAUUAGCUGAAAAGUAUUUCACCAAACUCAAAAAAUAUAAUCUAGUUGGAUCAAUUGAAUUAACUUCAUUAAAAAGAAAAUAUUUUAAUAUUAUGAUUUCACGAUAUAAUGAAAUUCAAACACUAAAUAAAAUACCGGCAAUAUUACUAUUACGAAAAUGGAGAGAUAAAUUAGAGACAAUAUUAGAACAAAAUGAUGCUGCAGGCGACAUCUACCAAUUUAACCUUAAAAAAUCAUUAUUUUCCUUAUGGUUUCAAGAAUUAGUUAAAGUAGAUGAAAUGAUUAUAGCAGCAGAUGAGGUAAAUUCAAAUAAAGAUGUAGAAUUAGGUCAACAAAUCUUACGUAAAUGGUCGUUAACAGCUCAGAAAAAUUCAAUACAUCAAAAGAUAUUUCAAGAUUUUAGUAAGAAACUAAAUUACAAUACCAAAAAGUCAUUUUUCCAAUUAUGGCAUUAUAAAAUAAAUCAAACAAAAGAAGAUCUAAGUCCAUUGUCAAAAAGAAACUUAUCCAAAAGUCCCUUACGAACACCACGUAGAAAUUCUCCAUCAACACUACAACAAUCAGUUAAAAAACUAAAAGAAAAUAAAAUUAUUGCAUUUAGAGAUCAUUUUAGAAGUACCAUCCCCAAAUUAGAAUUUGAAGAUGAUGUAUCAAGUGCAAAAAGACAAGGCAAAAUCAAACCAAUGUCAUUUCCAAUAUCAUCAGACGAUAGUCCUGUAAAAUUUCGAUAUCAAAAGUAA